AUGGCCCGCCUGACGGAGAGCGAGGCGCGCCGGCAGCAGCAGCAGCUCCUGCAGCCGCGGCCCUCGCCCGUGGGCAGCAGCGGGCCCGAGCCCCCCGGGGGGCAGCCCGACGGCACGAAGGACCUGGACGCCAUCAAGCUCUUCGUGGGCCAGAUCCCGCGCAACCUGGACGAGAAGGACCUCAAGCCACUCUUCGAGCAGUUCGGCCGCAUCUAUGAGCUCACGGUGCUCAAAGACCCCUACACGGGCAUGCACAAAGGCUGUGCCUUUCUCACCUACUGUGCCAGGGACUCCGCCAUCAAAGCUCAGACUGCCCUGCACGAACAGAAGACCUUGCCCGGGAUGGCGCGGCCAAUCCAGGUGAAGCCUGCGGACAGCGAAAGCCGUGGAGGGGACCGGAAGCUGUUUGUGGGGAUGCUGAACAAGCAGCAGUCAGAGGAGGACGUGCUGCGGCUGUUCCAGCCCUUCGGGGUCAUCGACGAGUGCACCGUGCUGCGGGGACCCGACGGCAGCAGCAAAGGCUGUGCCUUCGUGAAGUUCUCCUCCCACACUGAGGCUCAGGCGGCCAUCCAUGCCCUGCACGGCAGCCAGACCAUGCCGGGUGCCUCCUCCAGCCUGGUGGUCAAGUUUGCCGACACGGACAAGGAGCGGACGCUGAGGCGCAUGCAGCAGAUGGUGGGCCAGCUGGGCAUCCUGACUCCAUCCCUCACCCUGCCCUUCAGCCCCUACAGUGCCUACGCCCAGGCUCUCAUGCAGCAGCAGACAACGGUCCUGUCCACAUCAGGCAGCUACCUGAGCCCCGGCGUGGCCUUCUCACCCUGCCACAUCCAGCAGAUUGGCGCUGUCAGCCUUAACGGGCUGCCUGCCACGCCCAUCGCCCCUGCCUCUGGACUGCAUUCGCCCCCGCUGCUCGGCACCGCCGCCGUGCCCGGCCUCGUGGCCCCCAUCACCAAUGGCUUCGCAGGUGUCGUGCCCUUCCCUGGUGGGCACCCUGCCCUAGAAACCGUAUAUGCCAAUGGCCUUGUGCCCUACCCAGCUCAGAGUCCGACGGUAGCCGAGACCCUCCAUCCUGCCUUCUCUGGAGUCCAGCAGUACACAGCCAUGUACCCCACCGCGGCCAUCACGCCCAUCGCGCACAGCGUCCCCCAGCCGCCGCCCCUCCUGCAGCAGCAGCAGCGAGAAGGUCCCGAAGGCUGUAACCUGUUUAUCUACCACCUCCCCCAGGAGUUUGGAGACACGGAGCUGACGCAGAUGUUCCUGCCUUUCGGCAAUAUCAUCUCCUCCAAGGUGUUUAUGGAUCGGGCCACCAACCAGAGCAAAUGUUUUGGCUUCGUGAGCUUUGACAACCCGGCCAGCGCGCAGACUGCCAUCCAGGCCAUGAAUGGCUUUCAGAUCGGCAUGAAGAGGCUCAAAGUGCAGCUGAAGCGGCCCAAAGACCCGGGACACCCCUACUGA